ACUUAACUUCUACCUUAAAGGCACAGUUCACAAUGAAAAGUGAUGGUAGUAUCUCAUCCUGAGAUGAAUCAGUGACCCCCAAGAACCAAAUUCGACAAUAAGUGCAGCGGAAUCACUUAGCAGUACGUUUGCAGAGCUGAUGGGCAGAGUAUUUCCAGCUCCAUCCAAAACAGUCACGGCUCCAGGAGAUGAGACAUCGUUCCCUGUGAUAUCCACAACCACCCGAGUAGCAGUUGAUUCCACGAAGAAAUUGACGGUUUGGGCAUCGGAACAGUCCUGAAAUCCGUCGUCAUAAAUGAAGGCGUUCUCGCUCAUGGCCGAUAUAAGCACAUUUGAAAAACUCCGUGCAGCCAAGACUGUAAGAGGUAGCAGACGACCACCUGACUGUCGAGCUCUUGUAUAGCAUCGAGUAGCUUGGUUGAUGCUGGGUCCGUGUUUGUGAAAUUAGUCAAGGAAUUCUCGAAAAUGUCCAAGAAACGAUCAACGUGAGACGUGCUGAUCACUCUUGUGAUAACAUUUUCAUCAAAUGUAACCAAAGAAUACUGUUUGGGAAUGUCGUUACUCUCAGAGCUGUUGACGAAAUUGGCGAUCAUUUGUUGCAAAUAGAUCGUCGGCAUAACCAUUCCAAUAUUUCGCUCAAUAACAAACGUAAUCGUCAUUUUCAGAUCCACCAUUGAGGCAAGUACCAGCGUCAUAAAAGCAGUAAGCUCUUUGUGCGCGUUGUACGGUCAUUUCACUCGUUUUGAUGGUGACCGUAGCAAUGAAAUUACUAGACAUCUCGUAACAGGUGAGCGGUAUGGCGAAGAAAUUUUCGUAAUGGCAUGAUGGCAGACGUCGGGUCGCAGCAGAGCUGUAGCGAUACGAACCAUCACUGUUCUGAAUCACCAGUGA